AAGCGAGGCAACCUACCAAAGGAUGUGAUCGUCAUCCUAAAGGAAUGGUUACAGGAACAUUCAGGACACCCUUAUCCGACAGAGGAAGAAAAGAAGCUGCUUGUACAAAGAACCAAUCUUUCGCUAAAUCAGAUCAGUAACUGGUUUAUCAAUGCUCGACGACGA